AUGAAGCCGCUGCAAUUGCCUGUUCCUAACCCAAUCCCCUCUGUGUGGACGGCACAACCCCACGCACUGGAUAACCAUGGAUCAAAGGCGACAUUACCAACAGAAUGCGAUAUCGUAAUUAUAGGUUCCGGAUUCUCUGGGGUCGCCACAGCGUAUCACAUUCUCAAAUGCUACAACAACGAGCCGUCGAUCGUGUUGCUUGAGGCGCGUGAACUCUGCUCAGGCGCUACUGGCCGGAAUGGAGGGCACAUUAAACCUGAUACUUACUAUAGCACCACAAAGUACGAAACUCUCUAUGGAGCACAGCAGGCGUCAGCACUGCAGAAGUUCGAAAGCUCUCAGGUACUGGCCGUCAAGCAGUUAGUGGAAACCGAGGCGUUAGAUUGUGACUUUCACCUAACCCGCGCUGUGGAUGUUUACUUGGAUCGAGAUCAUGCACGAAAGACAUAUGAAGCUUAUCUGAAGCUGCGUCAAAGUGGGAGUUACGAUCUAAGGGAUGUAGCCUACACAGGGAAGGAGGAUGCUGAAAGGAUCUCCGGGGUGAAAGGAGCGCAGUGUUGUUUCAGUUUCACUGCAGCUCAUCUUUGGCCAAAGCGACUAGUUCUAGGAUUGCUAGAGCGUCUUCUACGGCGACCCAAUUUUCAAGCCCAUGCGCACACUCCAGCCUAUCGAGUGUCGAAGACACAGGAUGAGGCAGGGUUUUGGACCAUCUCAACCUCUAGGGGCGAUCUCAAGGCUCGGAAAAUCAUCUAUGCCACCAACGGCUAUACUGCAUCGCUACUUCCGCAGUAUCGUCGUAAGAUUGUUCCUGUUCGCGGUGUAUGCAGCCACAUCAAAACGUCAAAAGGGGCCAAUUCACCUCACCUUCCCAAUACAUACAGCCUGAGAUUCGGCGGAGCUAAUUAUGACUAUCUGAUCCCACGAGCGGAUGGAAGUAUAGUGGUUGGAGGAGCUCGACAAACAUUUUUACACGAUCGAGAUCUCUGGUUUGAUUCCGUCAGAGAUGAUGAGAGAAUGUCGAGAGCUUCAGACAACUACUUUCAGGGCUAUAUGCAGAGGCAUUUCAGAGGUUGGGAGGACAGUGAGGCAAGCACUGAUCGAGUCUGGACCGGCGUUAUGGGUUACACUUCCGACUUUAUGCCUCACAUAGGGCCAGUACCAGAUAUCCCGGGCCAGUAUGUGAUUGCUGGUUUCUCUGGCCGAGGAAUGGCAUAUAUUCUGUUGGCAAGUAGAGCCCUAGCCAGGAUGGUGGUGGAAGGGAUCGACUACGAGCAAACAGGCUUGCCUACCAUGUUCAAAUCCACACGGGAGCGACUGUCCGCUUCCGAGAGUGAGUUAGAGAAAGAGUUCAAAGGGGUAUGGGGUUCGGACCAGACGACAAUGCAGGAGGACAAAAGAGUACCUCCGCUGCUGCAGGCUCGACUAUAG